AUGACUGAAGAGACUCAAUCCAAACGAUUCGCUCCCAAGGUGCCAGUUAAACUGGAUCCACCUAAGGAUGACCUGAUCUCUCAGGAGGAAUUGGCCAAGUGUGAUGGUACUGAUCCUACUCGUCCGACCUUGGUCGCUAUCAAGGGUGUUGUCUUUGAUGUGAGCCGGAAUGCUGCAUAUGGUGCCUCUGGUCAAUAUCGCGUUUUCGUCGGCAAGGAUUCUUCUCGUGCGCUCGCUUGUUCUUCUCUUAAACCGGAGGACUGUGUACCUGAGUGGUAUGAUUUGGAUGAUAAGGAGAAGACUACCUUGGUGGAGUGGUUCACCUUUUUCAGCAAGCGGUAUAACAUUGUUGGAAAGGUCGAAGGAGCUAAGAACACUUAA